AUGUCGACCUUUUGUGAGGAAGAUUUACCCAAGAUUAAAGAUGUUAUUAUAGGAGAGACGAUUGGUCAAGGAUCUUUUGGGAUAGUUAAAAGUGCACGCAUUAAAGAUUCGAAUCAAAAUAAUAUCUUUGCAAUCAAAUUUAUUCAUUUACCCUCUGCUAAUGACAAAGGUAUCACUGAACGAGAAAUUUCUCGAGAAGUGUCAAUUCACAUGAAAUGCUCCAAUCAUCCGAAUAUUUUGAAAUUUAUAGAUUGUAAUGUAACAAAUAAGUUUCUUUGGAUGGUAUUAGAGAUGGCUGAUGGUGGUGAUCUCUUCGAUAAAAUUGAGCCUGACUACGGUGUGGAUUCUCAUAUAGCACAAUUCUAUUUCCAGCAACUCAUUAGAGCGCUGGAUUAUCUACACAACACAUGUGGCAUUGCUCAUAGAGAUAUUAAACCAGAAAAUAUCUUACUUGACAAGGAUGGCAACUUGAAAUUGGCAGAUUUCGGUCUUGCAUCUUCAUUCAAGAGGAAAGAUGGUACAAUGCGGCUUUCACACGAUCAAAGAGGCUCACCACCAUACAUGGCGCCUGAAAUUCUCACUUUGAAUAGUCCAUACCAUGCUAAUAUAACCGAUAUUUGGUCUGUCGGUGUUCUUCUAUUCGUACUACUUGCAGGUCAAGUCCCAUGGGAACUCCCAGUCAAUGAAGACUCAGAUUACAAUGCAUUCAUAAAGAAUAAUGGUAAUAUCAAUGCCGGACCAUGGUCAAAGAUUAAACUAGAUCAAUUAAAUUUACUAAGGAAAAUUCUACACUCAGAUCCAUCAAAAAGAGCAACUUUGACAACUCUUAAAAGUCAUCGCUGGUUUCUGAAAAAAAACAUGUAUGCAAAUUCAAAAGGUUUAUGUAAAGAUCCUGAUUUACUUUUGAAAAACCUUUUAUCAAAUUUACACGUUUCACUAACAAAUGAAAAUUAUGAAAUUUUCACUCAAAAUAUGAAUAAUGACAAUGCUCAUAAUAAAGUCAUUUCCACUCAGCCUGUCACCAAUGACUUGGCUGAACUCAUGCAUGGUUCUAAUAGUAUAUCUAACGACAACGACGGACCUUUCAUUUCACAUACGCAAGUGAAAAAUAAAUCUAUAAUGACACAACAAGAAAAUAAUUGGAUUCAAUAUAUAAAUAAUGAUAUUGCUAAUUUACAAUUCAUAAAUGAAGAUAAUAUGACAUAUUUACAAUCACAACUAAUAUCCAAUACCCACAAGAAGAAGUUGCUUUUCAACCCCGUGAAAUUGACUAAGUUUUAUACAAUACAUUCCAUGAAUAUACUUUUAACAAUCUUGGAACAAGCAUUAGAAUUAUCCGGAGUCAAGUUUAAAUCAGAACUAUACGAAAAUUUUUUAAAACUUGAAGAUAAAUUGGGCCCUAAGAAUGUCUUUCCUUUAGCCAUAAACUUGAAACUGAGUGACUGCAGAGGUGGCACUUUAAGUGGGCUCGUUUCAAUUAUAAAUUAUGAAGGAGAGUUGAAAAUUAUUCAAUUCGAAAGAAAAUCCGGAGAUCCUCUGGAAUGGAGAAGAUUUUUCAAAAAAAUUGCAUUACUUUGUAGAGAUAUAAUCCUAAUCCCAAACUAA